AAAAAACCUAGUCGAAGGUCCAUUCAACGUUUUCGUAAUUUAUAAAUUAAUUGAAUUUAAGAGGGAAUUUCGUAGACAGAAAUGUCAAGAGGGGAAAACACAGUAGGUGAGGGUAGAAAGAACUGGAAUGCUUACCUAUUUUUUUAUUGUAAUUUCAAAUUCAUGAUAUUGUCGACCAAUAGAGGCGCAUUGUCUUGACUGGGUACGUCUGAUUGGUGGGUUUAAAUGCUUGGAAUUCGGAAGGAGGGGAUGAACGAGAGUUAAAGGGUCCAUAGCAUCGAGGCGUAUUGUUUGUGUAUUUUUCAGCGGUUAAAUCCCCAAAAUCAUUAAUUAAUCCAAGAAUCAUUCGCUACAGAAAACCGAGACAAAAGGAUCAAUGGGGAUUUACUUCACAGUCUGAUAAAUAAGUCUCGUGUACUGUUCUGUGGCUGAAAAUAGAGUAAAGCGAUACAAAUACAGUGAAUCUGGUGUAACGGCCGUUAGGGUUUUCGGUUUUGGAGUAGAAUCUUCUGUUUGUGUAUUUUUUUUUCCAUUUCGGCAUAAUGGGUAACUUCUCGAGCAAGAUAUUCCCGGAAAUGGAGAACGAGAGCAAGGCCAACGUUCAGACAGAGAUGAAGAUGAGUGCUAUUGAGAAAAACCAGAUGUGUACGCCUGUGAUGUCGAGGAAGGUGUCAAUUGAUCCUAGGUCGGCCACUGUUGGCAUCACCAGGACUCCAAUCGAGGUCGCUUCGACGCCUGUGGCAGGCACGAAGAAAGUCGCCAGUGCCAUUCCCAAGUAUCUUCGAACCAAACCCUAUUUGGAAACCAAUUUGGAUCUUAUCAUGCCCGCUAUUACCCCUGAGAAGAGAAUCCCCGAUCCGAGGUCUCCAAAUGUCACUCAAGAACGUACUCCAAUUAUGGUGAAAGCGAAAGCAGGAUACAUCAGUCCAAUUGUGACUGUCCAGGAAGGUCCAGAUAUGGCGACACCAGAUACCAUGGACCCCCGUUCCCCAGCCACAACAUUCGACAGAACCCCGGUUUGUCGGUCGAAUCCCUCGAACCUCACAGAAGACUCCACAGAGAUAAUCACCAGAAUGUCAUACUGUGAAACAACAGGAACAUUCAACUUGCCAGAGAUCCAAGCGAUCUCGAAGAUCCCCACGAUCGUCAUCACAGCAUCGAAGAAUCUGGAGGAACGCCUCAAAGCAUGUACCCUGGCGACACCAGAAGAGAAUGUCGACGAGUCCCUCGAUGACGACGUCUUCCACUCAGAGGAAAGCGAGUCUGAGGACCAGAUCACAGUGAUUCCUAACCUCAGGGCAAUUGCAGAAGUUGGGGAAACAGAUGUGAACGAAGAGCCACGAGAGAACUCAAAAAUCAGUGUGGGCACUUCGCAGAUGCCCUUGAAACUUCAGAAUUCAGAGGAGAAGGGGCGGAUCCGAGUCUGGAGGGAUUCAGUGUCCCCCCUGCCCCCUGCAGAGCCCCUGGACAUCCCCAGGGAGGACUCCACUCGUCCAGAGGAGAUAAUGAUCGAGUUCGAUGAUGAAACGAACGUGAAAGCGUCUCAACCUGAUGUUCAAAAGGCAAAUGUCAAAGUGGAGGACAAGUCCAGGAUUCAGAUCGUCAAUAAACAAAUCAAAAAGGUUCAGGGUAAGGUGGAGGUGAAAGGAGUCUUCGAGGACGUCAGUAGCGAUUCUGCGAAGAGCAGGACUCCCCUGGGCUGUAGAUCAAAUCACAAAUCAGGAAUUUCCAGUAAAUCUCCACAGCAGGUGUUGAGGUCCAAGGGACUAUCCACCAAGCCUGGGCAGCAGGAAAAUACCCCUCCUAACACUAAACGGUUCAGGUCCAAGAUCAAGGGCAAUGGCACCCAAUGGGACCCUGAUAUGUCGGUUAUCAUUUAAAUAUAGGGCUCGAGUGGAAGGAAUAUAUCCUGCAGCUUAAAUUAGGAUAUUUAGAAUUAAUUCGUGGCAUUUUUCAGAUUUCUUUUUAGAAAUCAGCCAGUGCCAUUGUGUGACUGAAUUUAUUUUCGUAAAUUGUAAUGAA